ACCGAAUCUACCCCUCUUAGAUUUUUUCUCGAGAAUUUUGUAUAUAAAGAAUGGAUACUAAUAUUAAAUGUGUAGUUGUUGGUGAUGGUGCUGUCGGUAAAACUUCCAUGUUAAUUAGUUACAGUACUGAUUCCUUCCCAACUGAAUAUGUUCCAACUGUUUUUGAUAACUAUUGUGCCAAUGUCAUGUAUGAAAAUCAUACAGUGUCAUUAGGUUUGUGGGAUACAGCUGGUCAAGAAGAUUAUGAUCGUUUGAGACCAUUGUCUUAUCCAGAUACAGAAAUUUUCAUUGCUUGUUUCUCAGUUGUUCAACCAUCAUCAUUCACUAACAUUAAGGAUCGUUGGAUUCCAGAAUUGCGUAAGCACUGUCCAGCUGUUCCAAUUAUUUUGUGUGGUUUGAAGGUUGACAUGAGAGAACACGAUGCCACUUUAAAGAAAUUGAAAGAACAAGGUCUUACACCAAUAACUAAGGAAAUGGGUGAACAAAUGUCAAAGGAAGUCAACUGUAUUUCUUACUGUGAAUGUUCGGCCAAGACACAAGUUGGUUUGAAGGAAUGUUUCAAUUUGGCCAUCACUGUUGUUUUGCAUCCUGAAAGAUUCAAGCAAGAUAACAAAUCAGCAAAGAAGACUGGUGGCAAAUGCAUGAUUUUGUAAACUUUUUGAAUUUCUCAUUUCCCUUUUCACUGUUCUUCUCUCUACCUUCUCUCUGUAUAUCUUAAUAAAAACAAACUGUCAAUGUCCUUU